AUGGCGUCGGCUAUCAAGAAGACCGAGAAUGGUCGGAAAUCCUUACCAACUGAAAGCACCCCUUUGUUGCCCGGUAACGCACAAGAUAUUAUAUUAAGUCACACGUCUCUCGACCAGCACGGAUCUGAAGGAAUUUCUCAUGGACAUCCCGGAAGCACCGUGGGAUCUGCCAUAUUCAACCUCUCCAAUACGAUCAUCGGUGCCGGAAUUAUGGGACUUCCAGCGACCAUAAAGUCCCUGGGAGUUCCUCUUGGUCUGACAGUUCUGGCCAUAAUGGGAGCAGUGAACGCAUACUCGCUUCAGCGGCUCCUCAGAAGCACAACUGCAGCUAACGCGUGGUCCUUUGGCGAUCUCAUGGCUGCUACGUAUGGAAGUGUUGGAAGAAUCAUGCUCAGGACGAGCAUCUUUAUCAACAACGCAGGAGUUCUCGUCAUCUACCUUAUCAUCAUAGGGGAUAUUCUGUCUGGUUCGGAAGGCGCACAUGGAGAGCAUUAUUCAGGGUUAUUGGAGGAGUGGGCUGCUGGUCCCACGUGGUGGAACAGCCGUCUCACUGUGCUCCUCGCCUCCAUUGUCACUAUUAUUGGGCCUCUUGCCGCCCUUCCAGACAUAGAUUCCCUCUGGUUCACAUCAGGACUAUCAGUCAUGCUAGCAGUUGCUUUUGUCUUCAUCACCAUCCUCAUUACUUUGGGGACGAAUGAUUGGUCUGGAGUGCACUGGCUUCCUCAGCUGAACACUUCGCAGGACUACUGGCACCUCCUCUCUGUGAUCCCCACCAUGGCGACAGCCUUCACAUGCCAUUACAACAUGCAUCCCAUUUUGGUGGAGCUAGAGGCCCCUCGAGAAGAAAAGAUGCAGACUGCAAUACAGAAGACAUUCCUUGUUUGCACGAGUGUAUAUACUGUGACAGCUUUUUUUGGUUACCUCCUGUUCGGUGAAGCGACCUCUGCUGACGUCCUUGCGAAUUUUGGCUCUGAUCUUGGAAUUCCUGGAAGCCGUUAUUUGAAUGACAUCGUCAGGCUAUUAUAUGCCCUUCACUUAAUGCUGGUUUUCCCUGUGAUCCACUUCUCGCUCCGGUCCACAGUUGGAUUCGUGCUGUUCCCACACUCAGUGCCGCUCAAGCAUGAUCCUUGUGGAUAUAUCUUCACCACCAUUCUGCUGCUAGGGACCAUUCUUGCAGCUUCUCUUUAUGUCCCUGGCAUUCAGUCAGCUUAUGAGCUGGUGGGGUCAACAGGAGCUGCCAUCAUUGCUUUAUGUUACCCUGGGAUGGUGGCACUGAGUGAGAGAGCCGGAGGCUUGACAGCGUCAGCUACCCAAAGAGAUGCUGCAUGGUCGUCGUUGCUCCUAGGACUCGGAGCGUGUUUCACAGGCCUUGCUGGCAGUGUUCAUACACUUUUACAGUAA